GGACAGCAGUGCGUUCCAUGUGCGCUAAUAGAUUAUUCCCCUGCGAACCGCGCACCUUCUUAGUAGUUCCUAUUUCGUGCAAGGUACAGAGAGACGUUCUGGGACGGGAGCCAGUGAGUUGCACGCCGGGACCUAAUAGCGCUGCACUGCUUUUCUAUGCUGACCGGCAAACGGUGGGAAUGCUGAGUUGUCAGUGAGAGGUAGGGGAGUAAAUGCCUGGAGCUGUCUCGCCUGCACUGUCCCCUGGGAAUCGUUCAGGUUGGGCCAUUUCAUCCCGCUCUCCCACCAGGGAACCGCCGCAAGCGCUUGGUGUAUAGAUUUCAUAGCAGCUGCUAUCCUGCAAACCGUGGCUCUCAACUACUUGACUUCCGCAAACUGAGCACCCUUUGCUCAUAUUUUCUGUGCUUCAAAGAAUGAGUAAACAGAGUUAACAUUUCCUCAACUUUGAAGCCAAAGAGAGUAAGUGAUAUGUCACCAUCAUUAACGCAGAAAGAGAGCAGGCAACGUCGUCAAAACAACCUGUAUCCUGGAGUGAACAGUGUUGAAUACAGUGGUCAAGAUGAUAUGGAAGAAGAUGGCAGAGAGGCUUUGCUACAGGACUGUGAAGUGCCUGCUCCCAAAGAAACUGCCAAUUAUAAAGCAGAGCUAGGGAAUAUUUUUUUUUUGCUUUUUCUAUAUAUUUUGCAGGGAAUUCCCCUGGGACUUGCUGCAAGCAUUCCUUUAAUACUCCAGAGUAAAAAUGUUAGUUACACAGACCAAGCAAUCUUUAGCUUUGUCUUCUGGCCAUUUAGCCUUAAAUUGCUCUGGGCACCUUUGGUUGACUCACUGUACAUCAAGCGAUUUGGCCGCAGGAAAUCCUGGCUGGUUCCUACACAGUAUAUUUUGGGAUUGUUUAUGAUGUAUUUAGCAGCCACAGUAGACGAUCUCCUCGGUGGAGAACAUGGCCCUGAUAUGUUUGCUUUGACAGCUACUUUCUUUUUAUUUGAAUUCUUGGCUGCCACUCAGGACAUUGCUGUGGAUGGCUGGGCUCUAACCAUGCUUUCCAGAGAGAAUGUGGGGUAUGCUUCAACGUGCAAUUCUGUAGGACAGACUGCUGGAUACUUCAUGGGAAAUGUUCUUUUCCUUGCCCUGGAAUCAGCAGACUUCUGCAACAAGUACUUAAGGAUUACUCCACAGCCCAAGGGAUUGGUUACUCUUCCAGACUUUCUGUUCUACUGGGGAGCAAUAUUUCUGGUAACUACAACCUUCGUAGCGGUGCUGAAAAAAGAGAACAAGCGUGAAAGAGCAAGCAAGGAAGAGACUCAGAGUGUGAAAGAGGCCUACAGCCUCCUGUUAAGCAUAGUGAGAAUGCCGGCCGUUCUCCAGUUCUGCAUCUUGCUCUUAACAGCAAAGAUUGGGUUUUCAGCAGCCGAUGCAGUCACAGGCCUUAAACUUAUAGAAAGGGGGGUUCCUAAAGAACACUUAGCUCUUCUGGCAGUGCCUAUGGUCCCCCUGCAAAUUCUCCUGCCUUUGAUAAUCAGCAAGUAUACUGCUGGGCCAAAACCCCUAAAUGUCUUCCACAAAGCCAUUCCUUUUAGGUUAUUGAUGGGCUUAUUUUUUGCCCUUUUAGUUUGGUGGACUCCAAGAGUAAGCCAUGAGAGUGGAUUCCCUCUAUAUUAUUAUCUUGUGCUUCUGCUGAGCUAUGCCUUACACCAGAUUGCUUUAUAUAGCAUGUUUGUGGCAAUUAUGGCUUUUAACGCCAAAGUCAGUGAUCCACUCAUUGGAGGAACAUACAUGACACUUUUAAACACAGUGUCUAAUUUGGGGGGAAACUGGCCUGCUACAGUGGCCCUUUGGAUGGUGGACCCCUUGACAAGCAAGGAAUGUGUUGGAGCAGACGGACACAGUUGUGUUGACCAUGAUGUUGCAGAACUCUGCAUAAAAUCUGGUGGCACUUGCGUUACCCUUAUUGAUGGAUAUUAUGUGGAAUCCAUCGUAUGUGUUGUUGUUGGGUUUUGCUGGUGGUUCUUUUUUGGGCCAAGGUUGAAGAAACUCCAGGAUGAAGGACAGUCUUCAUGGAAAUGCAGACGAAGGAAUUAUUUUUAAAAUCAGAAAUUAAAAUAUUUGAUCAUAUGGCUAUCAUAAAUGUUGGGGGUAAAACUGCAAAAAAAAAAAAAAAAAAAGGUGCCAGUUUGUGAAUGCUAAUUCUCAGAUCUAAAUAUUGUGCAAUGGUUUGGUUUUUCUAUUACUCAAUACAAAGCAAACUGAAGCAAAAAAGGAAAGGAAGAUCUGACAAAUACAAAACAUUCCACUCACCCAGAUUUAACUUUUGUAUUUACAGUAUGGCUCAUUUAUAAUUAUCCUCCAUUUCCAGGAUGUAAUGCCACGCCAAUUCCUUAAUCCUUUUUUUCUUUACAUGCAGUAUGCUAGUUUAUACUGCAGUGAGUGACCUUUUCACUUCAUCUCAGUCUGUAUACCAAUGGCAAUGGUCAUCUCUUCCUCUUACCUACAGAUGGGUUCCUAGUUUUGCUUGAAUGCAAGCAAACUAAUGCUGGGGUCCAUCUCCAGAAAUAUAUAGUUACACACAUUAAACUGUAAUUUGUGCAAUAAAUGCAAAUUUUUUUGAAUGUAUGUAGUCCCAGAAAAGAGCAUAAACAAACUUCAGUUUGUUGAGGUAGAACCUAUUCCAAACCUUUGGAUCAUUAUGUGGUUAUUUGCUGUAAUGAGCAGAGCUCUGAAGCACUAUCAUUGACUGCUACCAGAUGUGGUACAUAGUAUUUGAACACAGAAGAGAACGAGAUAUAUAUAUAUAUUUUGCAUUUUUUUUUUUUAAAUUGCUUUCAGAAAAUAUUUCAUAGUCCUAUGUUAAACAGCAUUCCUAGGAUUGUACAGUUUUUAUUCCGAGUCUUGCUAUCCAUUUUUUUGACUGAAAUCUGGUUCUCCAAAGCUGAUUUUACUAUGGAUUUUUUUUUUGUGUUUUUCUAAGCUUUUACAAAUGAAAACACAACAUAUAUCUGAAGUUGUUUAUUGACAGAUUCUUUAACUAUCCAAUGAAACAUUUUGUAAAAACAAGAAUCAUUCGUGAUAUGUUCUAUUUUCUUACAGUCACUUAUUGAAUGAAAACUUAACGUUUUACCAGUUACAUUGUAUAUUAAAGAAAAAUAUCAACUUA